GCGAACGAGAUAGGCAUGGCGGGUUUGAACAUGGCGCUGGCGAUCGCGGCGAUCGUGGGGACGAACUAUGUUUGCUCCAUGGUCGGUCUCAGCAAUACAGUUACCAUCAUUCUCCAGCCUGCUGAUCACUUUGACCGCGUCUUAUGCCUUCAAACAGUUCCUGGUCGCCUUGGUUCUACCUCGGUCUGUGUGCCUAUCUCAAGCAUCAUCGCUCCCUUCUUUGCUAAGAAGAUUGUCGGAUCUCCCGCUCCUCCGGUGAAAGACCUUCAGAUCUUUCAGGGCUCGGAAGUUGAACUUGGAAAUGGAAAAGUGACAGUCGUUGAGUUCUGGGCAACAUGGUGUCCUCCUUGUCGCAAGUCGAUCCCUCACCUCAACAGCAUCUUCGACAAGUAUAAGUCCAAGGACGUUCAGAUCAUCGGGAUAUCCUCCGAGUCGGACAAGACCAUCAAGGCCUUCUGCGACAAGAACAAGGAAGUGGCUCCCAAGUACACUAUCGGCUUGGACACCACCGGGAGUGUGUCUCGAGGAUAUCCUGUGGAAGGAAUUCCAGCAGCCUUUGUCAUCGACAAGAAGGGCAUCGUCGCCUGGCAGGGUCACCCGAUGUCGGACAUGGAACAGGCUAUCAACGACGCUCUGAAGAGCGAAUCAUGAAGAAGGCAUCCUACCAUAACAAGCCAAGGAUCAUCGGAUUAGCUAGGCAGGAUGAUUGGCAGCUCACUAACCUCUUGUCGUAGAGCAGUUUUAAGUUUGCUUGACUUCACGUGACACUCGAAUC